UAUCUUUGCACUCGGGCCUCCCUACAGAGGACCUGACACCAGAUCCGUGCACGCAGCUCACGUUUACACUCACAUGCGUCGACACACAAACACAGCGAACCGUGAAAACACCUGCAGAACCUCGGCCUGGGGUGGACCUCAGAGGCAGCUUUCUCCGUCUUCUCCCUGGAUAUUUGAAAAGGCUGCUGCUCGGCAUGCAGGGUUCACCGGAUCAGAGCCGGGAGGACGGAGGGCCGAGGGCCGGGGAGGCCGAGGAGCGGGAGACCCUGAUGAUGGAGCUGACCAGGAUGGUGCAGAAGGUGAUGAAGGAGAGCAGCUGGUGGGAGAGGAGGGGGCUGGACUGCAGCAUCCUGGGAGCAGCCUUCCUCAGCCUGCCUCCUGCCUUCCUGCUGCUAAGCUCCUCCCACCUGCCGCACUUCCUGUUGGGGAUGCUUCUGAUGGGGGUCGCCCACGCCGCCAUCACUGUCAAAGGCACGCACCUGGCCAGCCACGGGACGCUGAGCGACUCAAAGGUCCUGAAGAAGUUCUGGGCCGUUUUCUUCAUCGAGGUCUGCGGCUCGUUCUCGGCUCACGCCGGAGUCACGGGUCACGUUAAGAUGCACCACGCCUACACCAACGUCAUGGGACUGGGAGACUCCAGUGUCUGGAAGGUCCCCUCCCUGCCUCGCACCAUCUACCUGUUCGUGGCCCCCCUGGCUGUGCCGGUCGUCACCCCGCUGGUUGCCCUCACUCAUCUUGAUGGAUGUAGUUUGGUUUGGAGGCUCAGGACAGUCCUGAUGGUGGUCCUGGGCCUGUACUCACAGUACUGGCUGCUCAUCAACGUGUCCGGGUUCAGGUCCGUGCACGGCGCCCUGCUCUGCAUGCUGGUGUGCAGAGCCAUGUUCUCUGUGCCGUUCAUCCACGUCAACAUUUUCCAGCACGUCGGCCUCCCCGUGUUCUCCGUGAAGAAAACACCGAAGAGGAUCUACCAGAUGACCCACGGGGUCCUGAACCUGCCUCGUAACUUCCUGCUGGACUGGACGUUCGGACACUCGCUGAUCAGCUGCCACGUGGAGCACCACCUCUUCCCCUUCCUGUCCGACAACAUGUGCUUAAAGGUGAAGCCGCUCGUGUCCAGGUACCUCACCCAAAAGAAGCUCCCCUACCAGGAGGACACCUACCUGUCCCGCCUGCGCCUGUUCUUCCACAAAUACCAGGAGCUGAUGGUGUUAGCCCCGCCCAUCACAGAGCUGGUGGGGGUGCAGUGACAGAGAGCGGCGCGGAAACCAUGAAAUUUAUUUUAUAUUAACCUAAUCAGAUUACAGGCUUUUAAAUUUUA